UAUCAUUCUUCAUCUUUGUGCCGGUGAAAUCACAUGUGUUUUUUCUUGAGUUUUGCAAAUUAUUUCAAAUGGAUAAGAAAAGACAGCGGAGUUAUUCAGACGAGGAAGAAGAUAAGGAAAACCGAAUGGAGAAGCGAUUAAAGCGAUUAGAGAAUGCGAUUCUGAAACGAGAAAAUAAACGUCACAAAAAGAGACGCCGACGUCAUAGAGGCUUAAGAUCUUCGUCUUCAGAAACCGAUCGUCGACAGCGUAGCAGAGGACGAAGCAGAGAACGAAGUCAGUUGAAUUCUCCAAAGGGAUCCAGCGUUGACGACGAAUCGAUACAGCGAGAAAUUUCAGGCAGCUCACAGAUAGAGAUGGGCCAAGAGAUUGCAACACAGUCUGCGUCUCCAGAGCAGUUGGUCGAUCAGACCGUGGCGCAGGCUGGGAUUUUAACGAGUUCAUUAGCAGCUGGACAAGUGGUCCAUGAGACAGCUGCGCAGUCAGGUUUGACACAAAAUUUUCCUGCGAUGGGGCAAUUAGCCCAACAGACUGUUGUGAUUACACAGUCAGGGGCUCCGCAGAGGGCCAACGCAGUUGGUCAGAGUCACGGCGUACCUGGUGAGGGAUCACAGUCGAUUCAGCCAGCGAAUUGUGAAGUUCCACUUGAUCCUGAGAUUUUGGAAAUCUUGGGGAGACGUUUCGCAGAGGAUCGAGUUCUUGCGGCAGCGAUUCCAACGGAAUUAGUUAUUCGCUGGGAAGAAAUUCUAAAAAGGGGUUUGCCUACUGAGGAGAGAGUUUCUCUCAUAAAGAAAUACCCGCCGCCGUCCAAUUGCAUAAUUAUCGAUCCACCGAGAGUCAAUCCCGAAGUUCAGGCGUCUUUGCAUGAGUCGGUUGCCGAGAGAGACGAGAGGAUUUAUGGGAAACAAACGAAAAUGACGGCGUGUCUCGCCGCAAUUGGCAAGUCUUUCCGGAAAGUCUUAGAAGGUGGAGGAGAGAAAUUACUAAUUCUUGAGCAAUUGAGUGACGCUUCGAGAUUAUUAGCCGAUCUCCUCCACGACGAGUCUAUCAUAAGAAAAAGUUUGAUUCUCGCAAACUUAAACGUGUCGUGUAAGGAGACCUUAAACGCUACCAUUCCAGAUGAAUGGCUAUUCGGGAAACAACUGGAAGAAAAGUUAAAGGCGGCAAAGGCGCUUGAGAGCUCGCGUAAGGAGUUGAAAGCGCCUCAGAAGCUACAAGUGUACAAAAAUUCAAAAAACUUGACAGUCCCGCCGCGUCGUCGUCAAAACAACCAGAAAUCUGCUACGAUGUCAGGCGGGAGAAAGGAAUUGAGGAAUCAGGGAUAUUCGUCAUAUCGCCGAGACAAUCACAAGAACGGAAACAACUGGAGGAACAAUCAGAAGUCCGAGCGGAGCAACAACCGGAAGCGUUAUUAGAACCAGUAAGUUCGACUGUCGGAAGACUUAGACUCUUUAGUCAAGAAUGGGAACAGAUAACGCGUAACCCGUUAAUAUUAUCGUGGAUAAAGGGCUACAAAAUACCUUUUGAGUCUCAGCCACGUCAGUUUACUUUCCCGAAGGGAAGUCACGAGGCCAAAAAAGAGAGAGAGGCAAUGAUUGAAGCAAUAACAAAGCUGCAAUUGAAGGGUGCUAUUCGGCAGUGCGACAGCACUCACGGUGAAUUUCUCUCUGGUAUUUUUCUGGUACCGAAAUCGGAUGGCGGUUCCCGAUUUAUCUUGAAUUUAAAACAGUUGAACGAAUUUAUUCGGACGAAACAUUUCAAAUUGGAAGAUCGAAAGACCGUGAUAAAUCUCUUAAGUAGAGGUUGUUUUAUGGCAAAAAUUGAUCUAAAGGAUGCUUAUUAUUCUAUUUCAAUUGCAGAGUCGGAUCGAAAAUUUUUAAGAUUUCAGUUUGAGGGUCAGCUGUAUGAGUUUACGUGUAUGCCUUUCGGGCUCGCCACAGCACCAUACGUUUUCACUAAACUGCUAAAGCCGGUAAUCACCGGUUUAAGACGACAGGGGUACUUUUCGGUAAUUUACAUCGACGAUAUUUUACUCGUCGGUAGGUCUUUUGAGGAGUGUCAAGAGAAUGUUCGAGUCACUUACUCUCUUUUGCAGAAAUUGGGAUUUCCAAUUAAUGACGAAAAGUGCCAGCUAAUUCCGAAUAAUAAAUGUAAAUAUAUAGGUUUUUGGUUCGAUUCGCUGAGUAUGACUAUCGAGCUUCCAAAGGAAAAAGGAUUAAAAGUCAAACAAAUGGUAUCAAAAUAUAGCGGUAUUGGGCGUUGUAAAAUUCGUGCUUUUUCAGAGUUUGUUGGUACUAUUGUCUCAUGUUGCCCAGCGGUUAGAUAUGGCCUGGGUCAUACAAAGUCAUUCGAAAGAGCUCGGUAUCUAGCUUUAAAGCAAAAUAAUGAGAAUUACGACAGUUAUAUGACUCUGUCUCAAGAUCUUCAGUCUGAUUUGAUAUGGUGGAACAGAGUUAUACUUUCUGCAAAUAAUUCGAUAAAAACUCCUCGAUAUUGUCGGGAAAUAUUUACAGAUGCGUCAUUAUCGGGUUGGGGCGUUGCUUGUGGAAGCGAGAGAUCUCACGGUUUUUGGAGUAAGGAAGAGAGAAAGAACCAUAUUAAUGUAUUAGAACUCAAGACGGCUCUGUUCGGUUUGAAGUGUUUCGCCGAUAACUUAAGAAACUGCGAUAUUCUUUUGCGAGUUGACAACACCACAGCUGUAGCAUACAUUAAUAGAAUGGGCGGCGUCCGUUUUAAGGAAUUAAACUGUUUAGCUCGUUCACUUUGGGACUGGUGUGAGACGAGGGGAAUUUGGGUUUUUGCGUCCUUUAUUAGUACGAAAGAGAAUACUGAAGCGGAUUUCGAAUCGCGUCGACUCGAACCCGAAACCGAAUUUGAGCUAUCAAAGGCAGCUUUUUGUUCGAUAGUCCGGAAAUUUGGGAAACCGGAAAUCGAUCUCUUUGCAAGUCGGAUAAACUCAAAAUGCGAAAAAUACGUCUCUUGGCUGCGGGACCCAGAUAGUAUAGCAGUAGAUGCUUUCACAAUUUCAUGGGAAACAAAUUUCUUUUACGCAUUCCCACCAUUUAUAGUUAUUUCGCGAGUCCUGAGGAAAAUAAGAGACGAGAACGCGACGGGUAUUCUUGUAGUUCCUGAUUGGCCAGGACAAGCGUGGUAUCCACUUUUUCGGGCACUUUGUGUUAGUGAGCCGAUUAUUUUUAAGCCUAAUUCGAAAUUAUUACUGUCCUCGAACAGGGAAUGUCAUCCGUUAUGGCGGCAAAUUACCCUGGUGGCUGCAAUAUUAUCAGGGAAUCCUUCAAGAUUAGGAACGUUCCCGAGGAAUCUGUUGAGUUGAUGCUAGCUUCAAUUCGUCAUUCAUCGAUCAAGCAAUACGACAGCGCGUUAAGAAAAUGGUGGCUCUUUUGCUUGGAAAAGAAUGUCAGCCCAUUUGAUAAUUCGAUUGAGAAUGUGUUGUUAUUGCUAACUAACGAAUAUAACAAAGGGGCAUCGUACGGAUCCUUAAACUGUUUAAGAUCGGCAAUAGCGUUAGUUCUGGGACCUCACGUGGGACAGGACCCUAGGAUCAAAAGACUGUUUAAGGGAGUGUCUGAAUUGCGGCCUUCUAAACCCAAGUAUGAUGAAACGUGGGACCCUAAAGUUGUUCUGAAGUAUGCGGCUAGUCUAAUGCCAAACGAGCAGAUCUCACUUAAAACCCUCUCGUUGAAAGUUGUCACUCUACUCGCACUAGUUACGGGUCAACGAAUGCAGACUCUCUCUUUAAUUAAAAUAUCAAAUAUUCGGAAUUUGGGUGGAGAAAUACAGAUUAAAAUUCCGGAUAAGGUAAAGACUUCCGGACUCAACAGAAGGCAACCUUUGCUAAGUGUACCAUUUUACGAGAAAGAUAAUAGUAUAUGCGCCGCAGCAGCUUUAGAGGCGUACCUCAAACGGACACAGGAUCUCAGGGGCGCUGAACAAGCAUUAUUUGUUGCAAUAAAAAAACCAUACGCAGCGGUCACAGCUCAGACUUUGAGCCGGUGGGUGAAAAGUAUGUUAGAACAGAGCGGCGUGGACACAAAUAUUUUUUCGGCGCAUAGUACUCGCCAUGCUUCGACUUCGGCGGCGCAUAAGAAAGGAGUGAAUAUAGAUUGUAUAAGGAGAGCUGCGGGUUGGACCACAGCUUCUCAGACCUUUGCGAGAUUUUAUCACUUACCUGUGUGUAGCGAUAAGGAUGCUUUUGCUAAAGCAGUCUUAGAUUAGUAAGGAGUUUAUAUUGUUCAAGUAGUUAUGGUGUUGUUGUAGUUGCACUACAUUUUUUGUGUUUCGUUCGCUACUUAAAAAUAUAUUCAUUUUUAACCAU